UCAUUUAAUUCACGUCUCCAAACCACAACUUUAAACAUCCCAAUCAUAGUUUUACUACCAGACACCGGUCAGUAUGGAUGACGGGAGACGCGACAUGGAGAAUGGUGGCAGUGUGUUGGACAUUGAGCUAGAUACAUGUGACAAGACCUCUGAUGUACCAGACAUAGAAUACACAGAUGUCCAGGAACCGCUGCUGUACAAAAUCUCGGACAGACCCCCAAUCCAUAUGACAUUCUUCUUUGCCUUUCAGCAAGUGUUGGUGGCAUUGUCGGGGUCUUUAGCCGUGUCUUCAUUCGUUGCGGACGUUGCUUGUGCGUCCGAGUUUAAGGACAUCAGGACAGAUCUCCUCAGCUCUACACUUUUAAUGAAUGGAGUCACGACCUUGUUGAUGGUCACGAUUGGUGUGCGAUUGCCGCUAUUUCAGGGUGCAGCAUCCGAUUACGUGGUCCCACUUCUUGCCAUGCAGGUCAUCAAUAAAGAUUUUUGCGCACUGCCAGAUUCGGGUACAGAUAUGGGAAUGACAAAUGGAACUCUUUCAAUGACAAAUUCCACGGGAGUGGACAUAAACUUGAAAAGACAACUAGCAUUUACCAAACUACAAGAGUUUCAGGGCUGUUUGAUCCUGGUCGGCAUUGUCCACUGUCUGGUAGGACUCACAGGUGUCAGUGGUUUCCUUCUCAGGUUCAUUGGGCCUGUUACUGUCGUUCCAGCCAUCUUACUCAGUGGUAUUUUUCUGUCUAGGGCGACAGCGAAAUUCGCCCGAUCCCACUGGGGCAUGGCUGCUGUAACUGCAGCGACGUCCAUUUUCCUGUCUCUCUAUGUCGGCCAUAAGAAGAUGCCGUUUCCCGCCUGGUCUCGACGGAAAGGAUUCUUCAUUUACUGGUAUCCUUUCCAUCAGGUUUUCUCGUUACUGAUCGGUAUACUGGUCGGAUGGAUGAUGUCGGCUCUGAUGACUUGGACUGGUGCUUUGACAGAAGACACAAGCAAUGCUCAGUACAUGUCCAGGGUUGAUGCCCAAUCUGGAAUCAUCAGAGACGCCAAUUGGUUCAAAGUUCCUUACCCAAGUCAGUUUGGCGCGCCAUCAUUCCAUACAGGUGUUUUCAUAGCUUUUCUUCUCGCCACAAUUACUUCUAUCCUCGACUCAAUUGGUGACUACUACGCAUGUGCAAGGGUUUGUAAUGUGUCCCCGCCACCAAGACAUGCCGUAAAUCGUGGGAUCGCCGUGGAGGGUUUCGCUAGCACAAUAUCUGGUUUAUUAGGCUGUGGUCAUGCAACUACCACCAACGGAGGAAGUAUCGGAGCCGUAGGGGUAACGAAGGUUGCCAGCCGUGACGUUUUUGUGUGUGUAGCUGUGAUUUACAUAAUAUUUGGUCUUGUUGGGAAAGUAUCUGCCAUCUUUAUAACCAUACCACAACCGGUCCUAGGUGGCGCCAUGAUCGUCAUGUUUGGAAUGUUCAAUGGCAUUGUCCUGUCAAAUCUCCAAGUGAUAUCACUUUCAUCUACUCGGAACCUCGCUAUUAUCGGAACCGCUUUACUUGUUGGCCUGAUGGUACCCUACUGGUUGGAAGCUUUUCCGAAUGAUUUCAGCACAGGAAAUGCCUUUGAUGACAACAUUAUCAAAACGAUGCUCGCCAACCCAAACCUGUGUGGAGGGGUAGUCGCUUGUUUCCUAGACAACACCGUUCCCGGAACCGCCAAAGAGCGGGGUAUCACAGCGUGGCAGGAGUGUGAGAAACAAGAGGAGGUCCGGAAUUACAGUGAGGGACCGGAAGUAUACGUUCCCCUUCUACCUGGGAAGUGGCUCUCGUGGAGGGUGAUGAAGUAUCUACCCUUCUGUUAUUAUCGACCAAAAGAUCAGAGUGUACAUACAUCGACCCUACCAGAACAAUUACAGAACCAUACAGAGUAGCACAUAUUGUAUCGACUUGAUUCCUUCAGGACUACAGGAGUUCACCGUAUCUAGUUUCAGGUGUUAUUUUCUAUGUAUUUCGGUUAUUCCUUAAAUCUUCACCUGGCAUGAGCAGACGCAUUAUCGCAGCAUGCCAUCCACUAUUGGUGUGUUAAUGAAGGGGGAUAUUACUACCGCACGACUUUACUUUACAUAUCUUUUAAUUGUGAACAUAUAUCCUUUUAUAGGAUCAAAUAUGAACUCUUUAAAUCAGAAUUGUUACAAUGAAGCAUAUUUGAAAUAGCAUAACUUGGACUUUUGCCUCGGUCAUUAUGUUGUUGUAUGAUCCAGAUUGAGUUGGUCAUCCGCCGAUAUUACUCUAUCAGGUCCAUAUAACAAUUUAUUAACUGAGACAGAAAUCCUUAUUUAAAUUAAAUAUGCAAUAUGUCAUACAUUAUUUCAGAUCAACUUGUCAGAGUAUGGUGCUUCUAAUUAAAGCUUCAGUGAGAUUAAU